GCAUAUUUGUGUUUGAUGUUUAUAGCGAAUUUGAGAUUUGAAUAUUGUUCCAAAGAUGAGUAGAAGCAAUUUAUCAAAAAAGGAGCUCGAGGAGUUACGUAAAAAAGAGGAAGAAGAAGCAGCCGCGCAUGUAUUCAAGGAAUUUGUGGAGACAUUCCAAGAAGUGCCAAGUACAACAUCUAAAGUUUGGGUCAAAGCUGGAACAUAUGAUGCUGGUGCUAGAAAGGAGGACAACUCGGAGAGAGGCAAGCUUUACAAGCCUGUAUCACGAUUGGACGAGAAGCGCACAAUCACAGAGGCAGAUGUGGUACGAAGUCUUGCACAGCGUCCUGAACCACCCGGCAGGCCUAGGAAUAAGAAGACUGGGGAUAAGAAAAAGAGUAAUUUAGAAUUAUUUAAGGAAGAAUUGAGGCAAAUUCAAGAAGAACGUUCUGAGCGGCAUAAAUAUAAGAAUGUGCUUCGCGACCGCGGCGUGGUGGGAGUUGAGCCUGUGAUUGACAUGAUGCCAGAUGUAGGUUCAUAUGACACAGGCGACCCUAACACUACCAACCUAUACCUCGGCAACUUGAAUCCUAAGAUAACAGAACAGCAGCUGAUGGAGAUUUUCGGUCGGUACGGUCCGCUGGCCAGCAUCAAGAUCAUGUGGCCGCGCUCGGACGAGGAGAAGGCGCGCGGGCGGAACUGCGGCUUCGUCGCCUUCAUGUCGCGCAAGGACGGCGAGAGGGCGCUGCGGUGCAUCAACGGCAAGGAGAUAAUGAACUACGAGAUGAAGUUGGGGUGGGGCAAGGCGGUGGUGAUCCCGCCCGUGCCCAUCUACAUCCCGCCGGCGCUGCAGCAGCCCUGCAAGCCGCCGCCGCCCUCCGGCCUGCCCUUCAACGCGCAGCCGCCGAAACACCUCAUAGGAAAGAUACCGAGAGUUCGACCUGGAGAAUACUAUCCCAGCGACCCCGACGAUCGACAGGAUUAUGAUCAAAUUCUUUCACAGUCUAUAGUAAAAGUAGCGAUCCCAACAGAGAGAAAUAUUUUAAUGCUGAUUCAUCGGAUGGUCGAGUUCGUGAUCCGUGAGGGUCCCAUGUUCGAGGCCAUCAUCAUGAAUAAGGAGAUGAACAAUCCGUUCUUUCGGUUUCUAUUUGAAAAUCAGUCGCCCGCGCACACAUACUACCGCUGGAAACUGUUCUCUAUGCUGCAGGGAGACUCGCCCAAACAGUGGUCGCUGGAAGAUUUUAGGAUGUUCAAAGGUGGGUCAGUGUGGCGCCCGCCUGUCAUGAAUUUAUAUACCGCCGGCAUGCCCGACGAGUUGGUGGACGAAGAGGACGCCAAGGACAACAUACGCGGCACACUCUCUACGAACCAGCGCGACCGGCUGGAGGAGCUCAUCCGCGGGCUGUCGGCGUCGCGGCGCAGCGUGGGCGAGGCCAUGGCGUGGUGCCUGGAGCACGCGGAGGCGGCGGGCGAGGUGGCGGCGUGCGUGGCCGAGGCGCUGGCGCAGCCGCGCACCGCGCCGCUGCGCCGCGUGGCGCGCCUCUACCUGCUGUCCGACAUCCUGCACAACGCCGGCGCCAAGCUCACCAACGCCAGCGCCUACCGCGGCGCGUUUCAGCACCGGCUGGUGGAGAUCAUGCGCGAGUGUCACCUGGCGUGGUCUCGCAUGCCGUCGCGCAUGCAGCAGGAGGGGUUCCGCGCGCGGGUGACGCGCAUCCUGCAGGCCUGGGCCGACUGGGCCGUCUACCCGACCGACUUCUUGUUGCACAUUAACGAUGUGUUCCUCGGACAAGAUAAGGGCGAACCGCGAGCGGCCACGGAGGUCGACCGGUCCGGCUCGGGUGACGGGCCGGGCUCGGGCGCCGCGUCGCCCGACGGCUCGACGGCGUCCGGCGCGUCGGGCGGCUCCGGCGGCUCGGGCCCGCUGGACGGCGCCGCGCUGCGCCGCCUGGCCGAGCAGCGCCCGCCGCAGCUCACCGUGCGGCCCGAGGCCAACGACAUCGACGGCGUGCCCGUGGAGGAAGAUAUAGAUGGCGUUCCGCUGGAGUUCGAGGGUGACACCGAAGGGGAGGCGGAGGAACGAAGUGUGGCCGGCUUCGUACCCUCGCGGUGGGAGAGCGUGGAGCCGGCAUCGGCGCCCGAGCCGCAGAAGGAGCCCACGCCGCCGCCGCUAGACGGCGGCGCGGAGUCCCCGCGCAGCCGCAGCGGCGAGGCGCUGCUGCGGCGCGAGACGCUGCGCGACAUCGAGCUGCGCGUGCUGAAGUACGCCGACGAGCUGGAGGCGGGCGCGCGCGCACUGCGGCCCGGCCUGGCGCCGCCCGCGCAGGUGCAGCACUACCGCCGGAAGCUCAUCAAGAAGGCGCUUCGCGAGGCGAAGGAAGCGGAGGAAGUGGGCUCCCCGGUCGCGGACGACGAUGCUUUCUCUACGUCCUCCAGGAAGUCUAAAAAGUCUCGCGAGCCCACGCUGUCGCCGCCGCCCAAACGUUCUCGCGAUCGCAAGUCCAGAUCUCGGUCCAGAUCCCGCGAGCGAGAAAGGGAACGGGAACGAUCUCGCGAGCGAGACAGGGAGAGGGAGAGAGACAGGGAGCGAGAACGAGAGAGGGACAGAGAUCGAGAGAGAGAUAGAGACAGGCGGAGACGUUCACCCGCCACGCCUCCUCACCAUAGAAAGCAUGCGAAACAUGCUAAAUAUAAAUAUUGACAA